AAAGGUUUGUUUUCCAUUCGAGAAAAAAUACAGUACAGGCGGUCAUGGCGGAGAAAGAAGCCGCAGGAGGAGCGCAGACGGCGGCGGAGAAGCAGCUGCCCCGCCGGCGGCAGGAGCUCGACUACUGGAAGCAGAACGCGGAGCGGCUGCGGCGGCGGAACCGGCUGACGGGCCUGGCCAUCGGAGCCUUCGUGCUCGGCAUGUUCGGCUACACCAUCCUGUCGGUCCAGCAGGAGAAGAUCAUGGAGGAGAUCGACGACGAGGCGAGGAUCCACAUCCUCAGAGGGCCGCGCACCGGGGCCAACUCCUAGAGCCGUGGACGGGGCGGGGCUUCACUGCUGACAUCACACCGAGCCGCGGAGGGGGCGGGGCUUCACUGCUGACAUCACACCAAGCCUCGUCACCUGCCGCCGACCCGGCAGAUCCAAGGACAGUUUUAUUCACAUGAACAUCCAUAAAGUGUGUAAAAUAAAAAAAAAACAAAAAAAAAACAGCACAUAUGUGGCGUGUCGGGGCCACUGUGGGGAAAAACUAGUUUUUCUUCUGACUAAAUCCCACGGGAGAAGAAAAACUAUUAUUUAAAUGUUUAAUUUAAUUUUUAUUUAGUCUCAGUUUUUUUCUCACAGAGGGCAAACCAGUCUCACAGAGAAUAUCCGAGUUUUUUUUCUAGUAAAUUUACAAAUCUAAUCUUGGAAAUUCAGAUUUUUUUUUUCUUGGAGUGGACCCGCCCGCUCCCAUCCCUUCAGUCCCAACCUGCAGGAGGUGCAGGAGGUGCAGAGGACAUGGACAGAAAAGUCACAAACUCAUGUUGAAGUUUGUGAAAUAUAGAUUUGUAUGUAUUAUCUGUAAAGUGUGUUAUUUGUCGCCUGUUGAGAACAAUAAAAAUGUAAUCAUGA